AGAUGGCUUCCAGCUUUAAGAAGCCAAACGUGGCCUCUGCCAGCCAGAAAAGAAAGGUGGAUCCUAAGCCUGAACUCACCGAAGAUCAGAAGCAAGAAGUUCGUGAAGCAUUUGAUCUCUUCGAUGCCGAUGGAAGUGGGACCAUCGACGUGAAGGAGCUGAAGGUGGCCAUGAGAGCACUGGGCUUUGAACCCAGGAAGGAAGAGAUGAAGAAGAUGAUCUCAGAGGUGGACAAGGAAGGUACGGGGAAGAUCAGCUUCAAUGACUUCUUGGCAGUGAUGACUCAGAAGAUGGCCGAGAAGGACACCAAAGAAGAAAUUCUGAAGGCUUUCAGGCUCUUUGAUGAUGAUGAGACUGGGAAGAUCUCUUUCAAAAACCUAAAGCGUGUGGCCAAUGAGUUGGGAGAAAACCUCACUGACGAGGAGCUGCAGGAAAUGAUUGACGAAGCCGAUCGCGAUGGAGAUGGCGAAGUGAAUCAGGAAGAAUUUCUUCGCAUCAUGAAAAAGACUAACCUCUAUUAA